AUUUUUUGCCUCUCGAUACAGUAUUUAUGCACUAAACCGAAGAAUAUAUUCUCCACCGGCUUGGUGAUCGAGCAUGAAGAUAUGCCAUAUAUGUGUCAACUUGUAUUCAAACAAAUCAUCAAACCCACAGUUAUCCAAAUACAAAUAUCCGAAAAGAACUUAUCUUUAACAUAUAAUUUUCAAUGCCUUUAGAUUCUCUCUUUCCCCUAAGUGUCCCCUAGCUAUAUAAAAAGACGUGAAACUUCAAAGUUGCAUAAGCAUAUCUUACCUCGAUCGAUCCAUAGUUAUUUAGCAAUCCUGCAUAUAUAUAACCGGUUUCUGUAAAUGGAUAGAGUGAAAGAUUUGGCGUCUAAGAAGGCUGCGGUUAUCUUCACGAAAAGCUCGUGCUGUAUGUGCCAUAGUAUCAAGGCGCUGUUUUAUGAUCUUGGUGCAAGUCCUGCGAUUCAUGAAGUUGAUCAUGAUGCUGAUAUGGAGUGGGCGUUGAGACGGUUGGGCUGUAAUCCGGCCGUCCCUGCGGUGUUUGUAGGCGGUAAAUACAUAGGUUCGGCGAAAGACGUCAUUUCUCUUCAUGUUGACGGGUCGCUAAAACAGAAGCUCAUUGAAGCACGAGCUAUCUGGUUCUAGCACGUGUCAACUCGUGUGCCUUUUACGUACUAGGUUGAAUGUUUUGUUAGAAUACUAAAAAUGAAGUCUAGGAGCCGUUCCUUUUUGUCGGCUUUGUUGACUGUGUUGUGUUGGAGUCAAAACUCCAAAUGCUUUUGGUUUCUUCUUUUUAUAUAUAUGAUCAUCUUCUACAUUACCAGCA